AUGGAGAACGAAAGAAUAACAGUGGAACUAGAAGACCAAAUGGAAGGAAUCUGGUCUGACGAAAAAGAAAGCGUGAAAGAUUCUGUUGGUGAAGGGAAUUCCCUUUGUCAGCUGAGUCAAGAAGCGCAAGAUGGAGAAGAAGUGUCAGAAAAGAGUAAAGAUGAGGAAAAAGAAAGCGUGAAAGAUUCUGUUGGUGAAGGGAAUUCCCUUUGUCAGCUGAGUCAAGAAGCGCAAGAUGGAGAAGAAGUGUCAGAAAAGAGUAAAGAUGAGGAAAAAGAAACCGUGAAAGAUUCUGUUGGUAAAGGGAAUUCCCUUUGUCAGCUGAGUCAAGUAGCGCAAGUUGGAGAAGAAGAGUCAGAAAAGAGUAAAGAUGAAGAGACGGAAAGAAGUGGUUCGUGGAAGAGGAAGGUUACGGAUAAGUUGGAAGUUCUUUUGAAAGAAGGACCAAUAAAAGUAACCUUAGACGAAAUGAGGAGAAUGAAUAAACAAGUGAGAGAAUCUCUCAUAGCAGAUAACACAUCCACGGAAGAGAGGAAGAAAUGGGAUGUACUGUGGGAGUUUCUAGGAUUAUUCGUAACGAUUGUGGAUCCGUGGGGAGCAAUGCUUACUUGGGACGCAUGCUCUGGGCAGGAUAGAUAUAAAGAAAAUUUCUUUAUGAUCUUGAAUCCCGGAAGGUCAUUUAAUAGCAGCAGGACCGAAGACUCUCGCUACAGCGGAUUGAAGAGUGUGAUCCCGAUGAAGUACGGAAUAAGCAGAGGACACUUAGAGAACUACAAACAGAAUAGGAUUAACGGAAUUCCGUUAAAGCCUAAACCAGGAAAUGUAGAGCAAUUAAUGCAGAGUGGAUCUAAGAACAAGGAAGUCGUACAAGUGACGCGGGGAUUCGAGGAGAAAAGGGGCGUCGACAGAACAGCAGGAGGAAUUGCUCACUGGGAGAGAGAACGGCAGGAAGAUGACAGAAAAGACGAAGAAAACAGAAGAAGAAGAGAUAGAGAUGCACGUGAAGAAGCGGAGAGACGAAGAAGAAGAAACUUGGCGGAAAGAAGAGAAAUGGUCCAGCAGAGAUUGGCAGAGGAAGGAAAUAGACAUCGCAGGCAACAAGAAUGGAAAGCACAGCCAGAAAGACAGUAUUAUAAUGCACGAGACAGACGGAGGGGAACUGAAAGAUGGCACGGAGACAAAGAGGAUUUCAUCAGAGUCUUGAAUAGACUAGCACUGAGAGUGGAAUUGACGGCCAAAGAUGUGUGCUACGGGAUAACUGAGGAGGAUAGAGCAGUGGUGGAAUGGAAACGCGAUGACAAAAGGAAGGAGAGGAAGAAGAUGCUAGAGUUUUACAUAAAGAACAGGGCGGGGGAAUUCUCCCGUGGCUGUAGAAGUUUAGUAGAUAUAGUGAGGGAGUUAUGGGAGGAUGAAGAAGAUAUGACGGAUGGACUGGUAGAAGAAGAGUUAGGUGAACUGAUGAGGAGAUUAUGGUUCUUAAACAAUCUUGAUGUAGCAAUUUAG